ACAUGUAGCAUAUAUAUAAAAUACCAUUUUCUUUCUACUUCUCAAUAGACCAUCAUGUGCCCCUUCUGGAAUGAGCACAUACCACUAAACAGACUGAGCCUUAAAUCUGGAUUUUCUCCACAAUAACUGUUAUUCUUUUAUUCAGACAGAGUUCACCUUCUAAUUCUAAGCUCUGUAAAGGAGUGAUUUUAGACUAACUAUAUUAUUUUUAGUUAUUCAAGUACACAAAAAGAGCAUCUAUUGAUUAAAGCUGUUAAUAAUUUCUUUAUGUAUUUAAACUAAAUAGUACAUACCUGCAUUCUUCUACUACUUGUCAAUCAGAACACAAAAGAAAACUCAUUCUAAACUUAAGUCAUGUAAGUACAGUAGCCUUAGUUUUCUUGUCUUUCAAAGGAACUAAUAGGACUAUAGGAUCUUUAUAGUUACUUCCACCUCUUCUAUGCUAUGCUUUUAUGAGUUAAUUUUUAAAAAUUUUAUACUGGCAAAUUUUGUACUGCAGCAUAUUGUUUGUUGAAAGGCUCUCCCUUCGGUGUCAUACUGGGAUCAGAGAAAGAAGAUUGGGAGUAUAUAAUAGGUAAUUGAGAUUCAGAUAGUGAGUGUUAAUUAAGUUGCAUGAACAAAGUAUGGAGUGGCUAUGUAAGUGGUACAUAAGCAGAGAUACAGCUAGGAGACAACCUCUAAGUUAACUGAAAAAGAGUUAUUGUUGGGAUUCUGGUGAUCAGGUUGGAGUCAAGGUAAUACAAGGUCACCAGACCAGAGGACAGUGAUAAGAGAAUUAAUAAGAAAAUACAGAGAGCAAGGCAGAGUGUUAGCAGGUAGUAACUGGGAAUUUCACAGAAACUGAAGAAAGGAAAUACUUAGUAAAAAUUUGGGGUUGGUGGAUGAGGAGAAAAGGGGUGUAUAUCGAAGAAAAAAGCUAAACCUCAAGCAUAGUACAACCACAAAAAUGCAAAGAUCUUGAUAAUUGGAGUUGGUUGUAUCUCAAUCAGGAAACUUCUAUGCCUCAAGAAGGUAAGAAUCCUAGAGUGUGGGAUGUCAGACUCUUAAAGUGGAGAGAAGUCCUAUAGAAGCACAUGGGUGAAUGGGUAUAUGAGUGUGGCUUUGAGAACAGGAUGUUUGUUUGUUUGUUGUUUGCUUUAAAUCUGGAGUAGAGAAAGCUUUGGAGUUUACAGAGGAUACUGGAAAGGGUUGGACGUGUUGUUUUUAGCUGAAGUGAUGGAUAUGUCAAAUAUUUUUAGGUGGAGAAGAACUAGAGUCUUGAUGGAAGAAAUAGUAAUAAUGAUAAACUCUGUUUCUUGAUGCACUACAGACAGAGGAGAUGGAGAGUGAGAACAGUACAGUGGUGACAGAAUUCAUCCUCCUUGGUCUGACCCAGUCUCGAGAUAUGCAGCUCCUGGUCUUUGUGCUCGUUUUAAUUUUCUACCUCAUCAUCCUCCCUGGAAAUUUCCUCAUCAUCCUCACCAUCAGAUUAGACCCUGGCCUCACAGCCCCCCUCUACUUCUUUCUGGGCAACUUGGCCUUCCUGGAUGCAUCCUACUCCUUCAUUGUGGCUCCCAGGAUGCUGGUGGACUUCCUCUCUGAGAAGAAGGUAAUCUCCUACAGAGGCUGCAUCACUCAGCUCUUUUUCUUGCACUUCCUCGGAGGAGGGGAGGGGUUACUCCUUGUUGUGAUGGCCUUUGACCGCUACAUGGCUAUCUGUCGGCCUUUGCACUAUUCCACUGUCAUGAACCCUAGAGCCUGCUAUGUCUUGCUGUUAGCUCUGUGGCUUGGAGGCUUUGUCCAUUCCAUUAUCCAAGUGGCCCUCAUCCUCCGCUUGCCCUUCUGUGGCCCAAACCAGCUGGAUAAUUUCUUCUGUGAUGUGCCUCAGGUUAUCAAGCUGGCCUGCACGGACACCUUUGUGGUGGAGCUCCUGAUGGUCUUCAACAGUGGUCUGAUGACCCUCCUGUGCUUCCUAGGGCUUCUGGCCUCCUAUGCGGUCAUCCUCUGCCGUGUACGUGGGUCCUCCUCUGAGGGGAAGAGCAAGGCCAUGUCCACGUGCACCACCCAUAUUAUCGUUAUAUUUCUCAUGUUUGGGCCUGGCAUCUUCAUCUAUACUCGCCCCUUCAGAGCCUUCCCAGCUGACAAAGUGGUUUCUCUCUUUCACACUGUAAUCUUUCCUUUGUUGAAUCCUGUGAUUUAUACCCUUCGCAACCAGGAAGUGAAAGCUUCCGUGAGGAGGUUGUUUAACCAGCACAUAGCCUAACUGAAAAACAACAGUGUUUUUUCCUUAACUGAAGGGAAAAAACAAUAGGAAAUCAUGACUGGAGAAUUUCAUCUGAAAUUAACUUAUUCAUUUCCAAAUACUGCAUUUAUUGAGCACCUCUCACUAGUCAGGAGUAUGCUAGGCACUGGGAGAAAGAAUUAUUAAUGAGACAGGUAUAGUCACUGCUCUCCUGGAGGUACGGUCUAGUGGGAAUAGAUAGCCAUUAAGAUAGAAAAGGAACAGCAUGAUUUCAGGAAGAGAUAUUGUUCUGAAGAAACUGAAAAGAAAAGUAAAAUGAUAGGUAGGUAGAUGAUAGAUAGAGAGAUAGACAGACAGAUAGAUAGAUGGUUAGAGAGUGUGGGAUGGGGGCUAGUCAGUUUACUUUCAGUCUUCAAGCAGAGACUUCAUGAGGAGGUGACAUUUUGGCUGAUAUAUAGAUAAAGUGAAAGAGUCAACAGUGGGGAUAUCUGGAGGCAGAGCAUUCUAGGCAGAGGGCAGAGGUCAUGCAAAAAUCUGAAGAUGGUAAUGAGCUUGGCAUAUUUGACGAACACAACAAAUUUCAAAUUGAUUGAGGUAAAAUAACUGAAUGUGAAAAUAAUUAGAAUUAAAGUUGGAGAUACUUGUAGUGCCCAACACACAUAUGGGUCUAUGAAGGGAAUAUAAAGAGUUUGAUUUUUUUGUAAUUACAAUAAGAAACGAUUCUAAGGCUCUAAGCAAGAGAAUCAUUUUUCUGAUGCUGUUUCCUAAAUGGCUUAGGGCUGCAAACUCAAGGCUUUGUAUCAAAGAGUUGAAAAAUAUCCUCUAGGGAAAUAUUAUGCUUGUAGGCAUAUUCUGAAAGAAACUAAACUGCCUAUUUUUCUUCUAUAAUUAGAGGAAGGUAAAAAAAAAACCUGGUCAUUUUCAUGGGAAAAUGUCAUGUAAACAUUUUACUUUCCUUUUUGCAGAACUUCAUGAUUACUACUUGCAGAUUUUUAUGACUCCUAGCUAUAUGUUAAUUUCAACCCCGAUUGAUUUCACACUGAGUAUAGUAAUGAUAUGUCUUUGGUGGAUCAGUCAGGAACCUAUCACAGAGAGUGGAAAUCAUUCUAGUUAUUUUAAACAUAAUAUGAUUUAAUAUAGAGAAUUAUAUGCUUACAAAAUAGUUGAACAGUCUAGAAGAACAGACUAAAGGUUGGGCAUCCAAAGAUGUCUCCCAGAACAACACAGGAGGUGUAGGCUGUCAAGGGAGUUGUUCUUGCUGCAAACUUUGCCAUCCGUUGUCUGAAAAAUACCACCACAUCAGCCAUAGGACUAGCAACAGCACAAUGAUCCAGAGCCACUGUGUGCCUAUCAGAUCUCCCCUAGCAAAACAGAAGCCUCUCCUGCUACCGCCUCUCUGCAUAAUUAAAUUAGCCAAAUUCAAGUCUCUUAUGAAGUUAUUGAAUGGGCAGCAUCCAAAAUAAAUCUGGAAACCAAGUAUAAAAGAUCUAGGAUUAACAUUUUAUAUUUUAUUUGAAAAAUAAUCAAGUAUUAAAAUAUAAAUCAUGUGCAUAGUAAAACUAUUUAGGCUAUAGAAAAAGUGUUUUCAUUCCUCAAGUAUCUCCUUCCCAAUCCUCACUCUCAGCUUAUCAUGUUGGCUCCUAUUUCACUGAGAAAAGGAGCAGGAGAGAAUUCCUCAAGCUUCUGCCACUACAUAUAUCCUUAUACCUGCAUCUGGAACCUUGUUUUCUUUCAUCACUCGUGAAACUGGGUGACUUGAUACUACUCCUACAAAAGUCAACUCCUCCAUCUGUGCGUUGGAAUCCAUAUGCUCUUUCCUACUUAGGUCAAUUACUCCGGUAAUUCUUUCUCUCUUCUGCACCAUUAACUUUUUCC